CAAGGUGAGAGAAGUGACCAGACAUACUUUGGCAGAGGGUGUAUCGUCGACCCGCCAAAGUGACCAUGACCGCGUGGUCCGAAUUGUCAACGGAAUAUCUUGUGUUCCGGAUGGUGUGCACUGGAAUAAGAAGUGAAAAGGAAAAGUGUGAGAACCUUUUGACAGUUUUGCAUGUGGCCAGACGGAAUUGUCUAGACCGACAUUGCAAAAAAGGAGGUAUUUUCUUUUUUUUUUUUUUGGUCUUCGCUGACAAUGCAUUUCCAUCAGAGAAAUUGCCGAGGCGCCUAGCAGAAACCCGACGCCAACCACUUCCACACCGCAGCAGCGGCGACUACCUGAAUUCACACAUCCCCACCAUGGAUCACGGUUACCUUGGUGACAGGUCCGUGUCACAUCAGGCGCUGUGACAAGCUCCUCCUCACCCUCUGUCUACUCCAACUCCUCCUCCUCGUCCUCUGUAGCAGGCGAGCUGCGAAAGGUCCUCUCCCUCCUUGCCCGUCCUCGUCAGGGAUCAUGUUUUGAUAAGGACUCUCGAGCUUUCUGCUUCUUCCCUCUCUCACUUUUCUCGCUGAUUAGUUUUCUCCUCUAUUCAUUGCGGGCCAGGUGAAGUUAAAGCACAGUCAGCCUCUCGCUACAGGAACUGUCGUCUGUUCUGUAUCUUUUUUUGGUGGGCUAGAACUCUAUUUUUGUAGUGGGUGUUCAGCUUUUUCCUUCUUUGCGUUUUCUCUAGUUUAGCCCUCUUCAAAACAAAUAACAAGUUCAGUGGAUCGUAUGACGUUUUUCCCAUCAAGGUAAAACGUUUCCAAGGCGAGAUAACAUCAGCGUUUCAACCCAGAACGUUGAAAAAGAAGCGUUUUGUUAACCCCUUCCGGUAGAUGGCGAGCGCUAGCGGAGAUGGAGAGACGAACAGCUCCUCUGGAGGCCAAUGGAGGAACUAGACCUAGACCUAGACCUAUAGUACUCAUGCGGAGGCUGAAUACCCGGUUGUUCGGAAGGGCGGCUCUGAUGCUGCUGCUUCUAGGACUGGCGAAGGUAGUGGAGUGCCAGUUUGGGUCGCAGUGCGAGGAGAUCAAGAUUCCCAUGUGUCGCAACAUGCCCUAUAACCUGACCAGGCUGCCCAACCUCCUUCAUCAUUCCACUCAGGAGAAUGCCCAGCUCGCAGUUGAUCAGUUCGAGCUUCUCCGCUGGACGAAGUGCUCCGACCAGCUGGAGUUCUUCCUGUGCUCCAUGUACGCGCCCAUCUGCACCGUCGAGUUCCUGAGCGAGGCCAUCCCACCCUGCAGGAGCGUCUGCGAAGCCGCCAGGAAGGGCUGCGAGCCUCUGCUGGCCCGCUUCAACAUUCCCUGGCCCUCGAACCUCGAGUGCACCUCCCUGCCUCUCUACGACCGGGGCGUCUGCAUCACGCCGGAGGCCAUCAUCUCUCCUGGUGGGUCCCAGAAUAUCUUCUUUUUCCCCCGAAUUUUGGACUUCUCACCUUUCUUCUGCUUUCCUGACUCUAAGGUGAUUAUUAUUAUUAUUAUUAUUUCUUACCAACAGAUGCCGCGACCGAGACAAGAGGCAGUUGAAGCUCCCUGCGAAUGCGGAAAGCCAAAGAAGUUGAGGGAAAAGCUCUACAAAGCUCGAAAAUUCCAUUACGUCAUCCGGGGAACGGUGAAGAGUGUGGACUCCUUCGGCAGCUUGACCCUGACGACGAUGACGGUGACGGAGGUCGUGAGGCCGGGCAGGGUCAUCGUCAUCGUCGGCAAGGAGACCUACCUCUGGACGAACAGGUCCUGCGAGUGUCCUCCGCUCACGCCCGACGAAGACUACAUAAUCCUUGGGUGGGAAGACUCGGCCAAUAGCCGGCUGCUCUACUUGGACGGCAGUGUUGCUAUACCGUAUCGAAGGAGAUAUGUCAGGAAAAUUAAGCUGUGGGAAGGGCCCAUUCAGGCGACGACCCCGCCGAGCACAGAGCCUCAGAUGCCGCCCUUUCCCAACAUCAGCAGCCAGAGUUCGCUCUCCUUCUACCCCGACUCCAUGCAGGUGGCCGACAGCAAGAGGGACCUGAUGAGGCGGAGGAACAGGGGCAACAAGAAGAAGAGGAGAAGGAAGAAGGCCAAGAGAAGAAAGAACAGGAGGAGGCGAAAGAACAAAGACAGGAAUCGCGACAGGAAUGUCACGACUGCUAUUCCCGAGAACUAGCGCCAACCACCUGCGACGAGAAUUGUGCAGGAUGUUCUGUUUUAAGUUAUGGACGUUGCGUGAUGUUAUGGAAUGAUGUGUUGUUAGGGAAUCGCUGACUCCUUUUGUGGAGCGACAGGUAAACUAACUCAUGGUGUAAGACGGUAAAGGAGUUCGGUUUCUAAUUAAUGCUGAAGACAUUUUGCAAAAGAGGUGAACCGCUUUGUAGUUUUCAUUAUUUUCGAUGCGUGAUGCUCAGUUUUUUGUUUUUUUGUUUUUUUGUUUUGAAGCACAAGUGGUUCUGGAAAGGACAGUUUAUGCAUUUUCAUUUCAAGUAUGAAACAGACGGUGAUUUGCAAUUGAUUUUAACGUAAGU